AGCCCAUGCGACUCCCUCCGGGUCCUAUAAAUAGAAACCAAUCCAAAUCCACCUACUCAUUUCCUCCACUGAAUACAUGCCAUGCGAACUCGAUUCCUCACCACCAACUAUUUCACUCCCUCUGCUUCAUCAUCAUCAUCGUCAUCCAGAGCCCCAGAAACCCUAACUUUCCUCCACCUCCCAGUUCCGCAUCCUCCUCCUCCCACUCUCUGCAACUUUGAAGACAUCCUCUGCUCAUCCUUCCACUCCGUCCUCUCCUUCUCUCUCGCAAUCGACAGGUUGCCGAUCGACGCUGCUCUUUCUAGACUUUUUUCGGAUGUUCUUCCUCAGAUUAUUGAGGGCGGAGUCGCAGGUUUCACUUAUGAUGAGCGGAGGAGUUUCAUGGCCGGAGGUGCUGAGAUUCGGUCUUUGGAGGAGGGAAAUAAAAUCACCAUUGAUCAUGGGGAUGAAAACAAGUUUCAAAUAGUACAAUUUGACACACCAGAGCUAGAUAUGUUGUUGGAAAAUGCUUGGUUAUUUGAAAAUGAGGAGAUGCAAAUUCCCCUUGAAGUUCCAGACAUUGAAAAUAAUCUGGAUAUGCUCAAACCAGGGCUUAAAAUGCAAUAUCCUCAUGUAGUUCUAGAAUCAGUUUAUUCAGUUUAUUCAGUUGAAGAUAUUACUGUGAAUUACCCUAUGGAUCAAAAGACUUAUAUGUUGGAAGAUGCCAGUUCUAUUCAGGAGCAAAUUCACUGUUGUCAUAGCACAUUUCCUCUUUUAGAAGUGGAUGAGACAAAUUUGGGAAUUUCAACAACUCUUUCGGUGGAUGAUGAACUUCUUUUACAUUUUGAAAACAUUAAAUCCCAUUGUUGGACUCAAAAAGAAGACGUGAUGGUUGAUGGCAAGGAGCUUUUGGGUUCUAUGGAAAUUAUGCUAGAAUAUUUUUCAGGUCAUUGUUCAUCAAAGCAGUGCCUCAAAUAUGAGUUGACUAGCCAAAAUUUGUUCCUAGAAAUGGAUAUUUUUAUGAGCACUUUGGAGAAUUCACAUUUUGAAGGGAACUCAGAAUUUCUUCCCAGGAUAUCAGAUAACUUUUCUUUCUCAUCACUAAGCCCAAUUCAUUUUCAGGAAUUCCAGAUCCUUGAUACGGAUUCAUCUCAGUUUUUGGAAGUUUUUUCCAUGUUACAAACAGACGAUGAACCAGGAGCAUGUGGACAGUUGUUCAUGGAGCAUAUGAAUGUAAAGAAUUUUCAUGAAUUGAUUGUUAGUCAUGAGCUAGCUCUUGUUGAUGACACAUUCAAGGCACUUCCUGUACCUGGUUUCACUGAUCAUGAAAAGAUAAUGUCAGUCCAUGCCAUUGUUGAGGAAAUACUAGCAGAGCUAAAGUCACAGCCUUUAUUGGCAUCUGAUGGGAUAUAUUUGGAUUGGCAUCUUUUGGAGGAAGAUAAAUGCAACUCUGUUAUAUAUUCCACUUAUCGGAAGAUGUUUGAGGGGAUAGAUAGUUACAGUAUUGAUUCAGAUCUGAAAACUGUUGAUUGUGGGAUGCUUGUAUUUGAUUUUGUCUUCUCAGGUGACACCUCAAAUAUGGAAGAUAUAGAAGAAAGCAAGGAAUCACUCAACAUGCUCUCUGGUGGAAACUCAAUGCUUAAUGGGCAUCUCAUUGGAGGCACUUCAAGUAAGUUGUUGGAUAUUGGACGUCGAAAAGCCGGGGAUGAAGAACUAUCUUCUCACACUACUGCAGAGAAAGUUUCAUCAUUAUUCAAAUCUUUGUAUCAGUUCAGUGAUCUUGAGUUUUUCUUAAAUCCUCAGAAAGCUCCUGGUAGAGCAAAUAUUGAACCUGCCAUCAAGGACAUUGAUAACAAGGCUGCAAUUCCCAUGGUUUCAUCCAGUGACCAAAUUGCAGUAUGUGCUUCCACUGAAGUACAAUUUCAGAAGUGGGAUAUUAGGCUUUACCAGGUUAAGUUGUCUGACAAUAUUGUGGCCAUCAUUAGUAUCUUGCAAAAGAACUAUCUAACCAUAUUGGAGAAUAAUACAGAGCUGAAAAAGAUGCUUGAUUUAUUUCUAGAUGCAGACAGUUAUCAAUUGCUCAGGCUUCCAAAAGAGAGGUUGAUGGACUGCAUUAAGAAACUAUGUUCACAGCGAAGCCCUUUGGCUCAUGGAGAUGAAAGCAUAAUGACAUUGGUCACAUUGUAUGCAAUUAAGCAGAUGGCUUGGUACUUGUGUUUCUAUGGCAUCCACACAACUCAUCUAUAUUUAGACAAGUUAUAUCAAAACCUGGAGUAUUUGAAAUGUAGAUUAAGCUUGCUUCAGUCAUUGAUUGAAGAUGCACAUGAGAAGGCUGACAAAGAACUAACUAGAUCACACCCCUCACUAUCUGUCAUCCAGGGAAUUUUGCAGUCGAAUGCUGCUACAGGAAAUUUGAAAGUAUUGAUUGUGGCUGAGCAAGUUUUCUGGUUGUCUUUGAAGAAGUUGUUGACUUCCAUGAGAAUAUCAUUCAAUGAGCUACAAAAUUUUCACAUGCAUAAUAAGAAUCAUCCAGAUGCCUGUGAGAGUAAUGAAUUCACAGAUGGUAAAAUAGAUGAUCUGUUGCAUUCAGAUUGCUUAAUAGCAAGCCAAGAGCACAUAUCUGCAUCAUUUCCAUUUAACAAAUUCGGCAUCAUCUUGGAGUAUGGAGGUUCUCAUGUCUCAUCUAGAAUAUCCACUAUUUCGCCAAAGUUAGCUGGUUUGCCUUGUCUUUACCAUUUAAAGAUGGAUCUGGAGGACUUCAGUAUUCCCAAAGCACUUUGUGAGGGGUUUGAUAUGCCUCAGAAUGUUGGAAAUACAAUGGAAGGUAUGAUCCAAUCCAUUGGGGCCCUGCAUGGACAUAUCAAUGACCAGAAAUCUAAGAAUAAAGUAGAAGAUCUUGUAGCUGUAAAUGAAGUAGAUGCUUGUUGUAUGCCUCUGCCUGUUUCUCGUGAGCAAUCUAUUAUGGAAUUUCUGCAUAGUCAGCCAAGCAUGCCAUCUUUUCCUGGCACAGUCAUUGUUGUGAACACUCAAAAUUUUGACAAGGAAAUGUUGAUAUCCAGGAGAAGCACUUACCAAAGAAUUCUUGCAAUGGAGAAAGAAGGAACACAAGUUGUGGAACGUGAUUCAAGUCUGCCUGUAGAUGUUAUAAUUAGUGCUGAUAUUUGCUUAGUGUGGUAUGAUUGCAGCAACAUUGGGAAGAAAACUACUACUCUAGAUGAAGCUUCUUCAUGCUUGCCUUUGUGUGUUGAGGAUAUUGCAACAAAUGUAUUGACAUUGCUGAGUUUUACUUUCAGCGGCUGCAUUCUGGUUUUUGAGGGAGAAAUCAACUUCCUUGCUGCCAUAAUGGAAUCAUCAGAUGGACUCUAUGCUGCUGCGGCCAGUCUGGGAAUUGAUCUACAGCUCUUCUGUUCCUAUUCAUCUGAAUUGACUGAUGAAAUCAUAUUGAGCUCUGUCGGAUAUGCCACUGAGUUAACUAGAUGCCUAUAUACUAAAAUGCCUGAAUCAGAAACCCUUGCAGAGUCAUUUCUUACUAAAUUCCCUUCAAUUAAUCCUCUCACAGCUCAUGCAAUACUGUCUUCUGGUGGCAUGCUUGUUGAGUUCCUAGAAUGGUCACAUGAGCGUCGGAUCCAAGCAAUCCAGAAAUAUCGUGUUCCUGAUGAAAGUGUUACUUUAUUAAGUGCUCUAUGCAGAUAUGGAGAGAGGGAGGAUUCUAAAUCUGGAAUUACAGAGUGCUCAUCUUCAGUAUCUUCCGCUCCUGACUCGGAAAAUUUUCACUAUAAGAUAGAGUCCGAAAGAAAGAAACUGAAGUGCAUUGGGAGUCCUUCCAAAAAUGAUAUACACAGGGAUGGCUUCUUGAACUUUGAGUCACUAAACCAAUUUACAAAUUUCACAGAUUUUGGUUUAAAUACUUCUCAGGUUUCCAAGCAGUAUGGAGAUUCUUGGAUGUCAAAUGGUCCAGAGAUGUUAGAUGGCAUAAAACAUUCCAGUUCAUCUUUGAACAAUAAAUGGUUUGGCCCAAAACAGGGAUUAGAAAUGGCUACAAUGAAGAAUCCUUCCACAUUAUUCAAGCCGAAUGAUUCUCAGGUGUUAAAAGGUAGUGAGAUGCUAUAUGAGGUUAAAAAGCCUGGCUUAUCCUUGAAUGAUAAACUGUUGGGUGAAAGACGAGGAUCAGAUGCAGCUACAAGGGACUGGCAUAACAAUAAUAACCCAGAGGAUCUUCACAAUGACUUUAAGGGUGAAGUUAUUGACCUCAAUGAUAGUUUCUUAAUUGGUGAGGACUUUUCUUCUAUUGCUAAGUCUUCAAGGUUUUCACCUUUGGUUCUUGAGCUGGAAGAAGAUCCUGCAGCAGGAAAAUCAAAAACUUCGAGAAGAUUGUCAUUUAGCAACAGCAGUCAUCCUACAUUUCCUACAGCUGCUGAGAUAAACUCUAAUUCUGAUAUCUGGACUACUCUUAAAGAUCAAAAGCAAAGUUUGGGGAAAGGGAUUGUUGAAUUUGAAGAUACAGAGUUUGGCAAGGGUGACCUGCCUAUGAAACACCAAAAACAACUCUUAGAGGGUUCAAUGCAUAGAUCUGCAAAAGAUUUCUGUGGGCCAUCAUUCCAAGAGAAGGACACACAUUAUAGUGGAACACCACUCUCUAAUGCUCUUAAUUCAGUUCAUCUGCAACAGGGAUCACCCUGGACCAUAGAAUUUCUUAAUAGAGUCAGGGAGAAAAGCAAAUUGCGUCAGCAGUCCCUUCCUUGUGAUAGAUCUGGCCCUUGUUUUGAGUACUCUGAUAACAUAUCAAAAGUUUCAAAGAGAAAAAGUCCAUCUAUUCUUGAAUUUUACAAGUACCAAGGGGGCAGCAGCCGCAGCACAUCCAAGAAAGUAUCAGAACAAAAGGGGCAGAAGAGGCCUUUUCAACCAUCUCGCUCAUACAAGAAAGGAAAUGCUUCAGCCUCCUCAUGUCCGACAUGGACUCCCAUUGAUAAGAGAGCCAGACAGACUCUAUCUUUUGCAACAAAUGGAAGUGGAAGACAAACUAAGCUGGUCUGGGGUGAUGGAAAUGCUCAGUGUCUGAACAAGAGAUUUUGAGAUCAAAAAAGGGCAUGAAGUAUUGGUGGAACACAUAGAGUUCAGGAUCAUUGAAUGAAGUCACAGCUGAGAGAGACAUUUGGUAGAGACAUGGAUUUUAUGCAACCUUUAUCUCAAGCUUGAAUAUUUACUUGGGUUUUGUUGCAAUUGUUCCCUCUUGAGGCCUGGAGCUCUGUCUGAGUGGUGAUAGAAGGCUGUUUGGAUUCCGAUGAGUAGUAGCAUUCUUCAAUCCAAGAUCUUGUGCUGUUGGAGUUAAUGUAGCAUAAGAGCCACAAUUUACUCUGAAGUUUUUGUUUUCACCAUUCUGAGACGUGAUUCUAUCAAGGUCCUCAUCCUGUGGUGCAAUCAAGAAUCAGUUCGAUGAUUGCUUCGUAGGAAAACCAAAACAGUUGACAAUUUGGCUCUGGGAUCUCCUAUGUCGGGAUUUAGUUGCUUGACUUCCUUUUUCUUCAACACCUCUGCAGUGCUCUCGCAAAAAAAACACAGGCAAGUUCACAUUAUUUUGUUAUAGAAAGGGAAAAAAGUGAAUAGAUGGAACCAAACGUCAAUGCUAAUACUCACCUUUGAUUAGCAACUCCUUGCAUAUUCUGGAUUGUGACCUGACUCAAUAGUUUCAUAUACGAAGAAUCUCAUCAGAGUUAAGAGUCUGAAGGGGCAGAGACACAGUCAGCGGUUCAGUAGCCUCUUCAUAGUCUGCAAAGUUAAUUGAAGCUUCUCCCAGAAUACCUGUUUUGGAUGAUCCCUGCCAGAGGAUAAAAUUUGGAAACAGCUCAACAGAAAUCCAAUCAAAAAAUGAAGAACAGAGUGAGAAGUUGGGAUAAUUCUUACAGUUGAAACAAUGAAACGGUUCCUUCCCUGACUGCAGCUUUCUCCAACCUCACAGUUGGCUUCCCAACAUCCUCUGGAAUCAAAGAUAUCAUCAAGAGAUUUCCUCGUGACUCUGGCACCUGAAAAUGAUGCAAGGUAUUCAGGUAUAAAACCAGGUGAGUUUGUCUCCAUAGAUCUUGAAUUACUCACUAACAUUGUCUACUUUUUCAUGAGAAUUUCUUAGUGCAAUUGUUUGCUGGUUUAAGCUGAACUAGAACAAACCCAUUACAAAUAUAGAAGGAAAAGUGAUAAUUUGCUUAUACUUUAUGAAAACACUACUACCUGUGUAGCCUGAAACUGCAAUUUGAAUACAGCUUUGAUCUU